UGUUCUCCAAGAGAAGCACUGUGUUUUUGCAUUUGAUCAACUGAAACAAAGACCCACUUAGAAAAAAAAGGUGCUUUUGAAUCGAAAGGGAUAGUUUGCCCAAAAACUGACAUUUUGUCAUCAUGUGCUCAUCCUCAGGUAUUUCAAAACAUAUACGACCUUCCUUCAUCUGUGGAAAACACAAGACUACUUUUUGUGCAAACUAUCCCUUCAAAAUGUAAAUCUGAAUAGGAGUUCAAUCUAGAAAUAAGAUGAAAUGAAAACUUCAUUUUCUUUUCAGCCUCGUUCCGAUGUUCUGUAAGAGUUGGCUACUGGGUUGUCUCCUCAUCCUAUUUAAUGUUUUAUUGCUGUAUUUCACUGCCACUACCCUCGAAAGAAGAAAGUGGCAGAAAAUGGCGAAAAAAACUGGGAACCCCCAUGUUGCCUACCCUCAAAAUUACAGAUUUAUCCUCGACCAGCCGAAGAAGUGUGAACACCAAAAGCCCUUUGUGGUGGUCAUCGUCCCUGUGGCCCCGCAGAACACCGAGGCACGUAACGCCAUCAGGACAACGUGGGGCAGCGAUGAGCUCGUCUGGGACAAACUGGUGCUGGUUCUCUUUCUUCUGGGCUCUCAAAGUGCUAAUGAAACACUGCAGGAGCAACUCCAGAAUGAGAGCCGGGAGUACCAAGACCUUCUCCAGAGCAACUUCCUGGACUCCUACAGGAAUCUGACCAUUAAAACCAUGGUGAUGAUGGAAUGGCUCAGCAGGAAUUGUCGACAGGCGUCCUACGGAGUAAAAGUGGACGCUGAUGUGCUCCUCAAUAUGAAAAACCUAUUACGUAUGCUUGUGAGUCUGAAAUCACUACAACAUAACUACAUCACUGGCUUAGUAUUGUCUGGAAACAUUGUCUCGAGAGAUCCAUCCAGCAAGUUUUAUGUUCCUCAAGAUGUGUAUCCUAAAUACAGAUAUCCUCCGUAUCCUCUGGGCAUGUGUUAUAUCUUUUCUAUGGACUUACCAGAGAAGAUCCUGCACAUCUCGUGGCAUAUCAAACCUAUUUUUAUUGAGGAUGCAUAUCUGGGAGUGUGCUUGAAGCAUUUGGGAAUCGCACCAAAAAAACCACCAAAUAGUGGGCUGUUUGUGGUCAAACCACCACAACGAUUCAAUCGCUGUUACUAUUCUGGACGAAUAGCAAUACUUACAGACAGCCAGACUCAGCUCAUUUCCUACUGGAUGGAUUUUCACUCAACCAAAAGAACCUGCUGAAAAGCACUUGUAGUCUACAGUUCUUUUUAAAGAAAUGAAACUAUCUGUCGUUACAGGUUCAGUUUUCAGUCAUUUAUUUUACAACAGCAGCCACUUUGUUUUACCUGAUAGCUGUGUGUGUCCUUGCUGUGCGAUUGCUGUUUAAUACAUUUGCA